CCUAAAAAUUAAUUUUUGGGUAAAAAUCUGAAAUUGAUGGAGGCGGCAGCAGAUAAACCUAAAUUCAAGAAAUUAGGUCGCCACUCGAAGAAAAGCUCUUAUGAUUCUCAAAUAAAUCGACUCGAUGAUGGCUGUCUUAUGCUUAUUUUCAGCUUCCUCUCCCCCAUUCCAGAUCGGUAUAACACCGCCCUCGUUUGCCGCAGAUGGCGUUUUCUGGCAUGUCAUCCUCAGCAUUGGCUUCGAGUUGACCGCUCCGUCAAAGAGUUGACUGAACCAGGAGUUUACCCCAGCAUUGAGACAGCCGUCUCUGCUGCCAGGCCCGGCGACACUAUACUUAUUGCAGCUGGAGGGAUUCACCGUACGUCCAAUAUUCAGAUAAAAAAGCCUCUUUGUCUGAUCGGUGCAGGUGAAAUUCCUGAUGAUACAACACUCAUAUGCUCACGUGGCUCUGAUAGCGCACUGGAGUUUCUAUCGACAUGCAAACUAGCAAACUUGACAGUGAGGGCAGAGCUUGGUUGUUGCCUUCUGCAUAGGAGUGGGCGUCUCACAAUUGACGGAUGUAUUCUUCAGUGCGAAUCGAACCCUUUGGACCAUCUCUCUCAUGCCAUUGUCACAACUGCAACUUCCUCCGAUCAACUUUCACAUUCGCAGCCCGUAAUAAAGAAUAAUAACGGCGACUGUGUUACUGUAAUGAGAACAAGAAUCGAAGGUGGUGCGAAAGCUGUGUUGACGAGUGGGACCCUCUCUCUGCAGCAAGUUCGUGUCAUAUAUGCUCGUACUUCCCUGUUUUUCUGGUUCAACGUGGUCCAGCAUUAGCCCAAGUUCUUUUUUCUUUUUUUUUUUAAUGUUCUAUCAUAUUAUUUUCUUCUCUCGAUCGCUUGUAAUAUAUACAUUGUAUUAUCAUGUACCUUUUUUUUUAUUUAGAAAAACUAAUAUUGUUGUAUAGUAGUCAUCUGUUAUGGUAGGUUUUUUAUUACACAAUUGCAGUAAACGAGUGGCUUCGAUGGAUGAUUUCAUUUAUUGGUAUUUUUGUAAUAACAAAUUUAUUGAACUUGUUUGGAUAAAUUUAUUUCU